AGAUAGCCUCAGCGUAAGUGUCAGUAAAAAAGCGAGAUGCAAGAUGCUUCCCAAGUGUCAGCAAAACGUAAGUCAGUAAAAAAGGCGUUUCUGGGAAAAAGUUCCGUUAUUCCGCCAUUUUCGCUUGCCUCCUUUUCGUUUCACCGUUCAUUCACUUGCGAAGUGCGCUUUGAUUCUUAUCCCGACUUUUCCAAAAAAAACUUUUCAUUGAAAAUGGAGGAAAUGUCGUGCGUAGUCUGCGGAAACCCAUCCAGUUUGAUGUGCCAAAGGUGUGGAGAACCGUAUUGCAAGGAAGGGUGCCAAAGGUUGGAUUGGCAGAGGCACAAGCACGUUUGCAUCAUCAUGCCGCCCUUGGUUGCUUAUAGGCCCCUUCAGCAGGCGCCGAAUCCCAUCAAGAGUUUGGAGAUUGCUGUCUCUAACUUUUCGCUGGCUAAAGCUCCGACCAUAACGCCGGUGCCGACCCCAAAACCAACUCCAUCACCAAUGCCCACUGUGGAACUGCCCACUCCUGUCGUCCCAAAGGAGCCGGAACUCUCGGAGAACUGGCGCGAUCACCUGCUGCCAAAGGGCGAGGAGUUCUUCGAGUGCCGCGUGACCUUCAUGGAGACCGAUGGACCCAUCUGGGUGGUGCACGUCGCCAAUGUGGAGAGCAUGGAGCGCUUGACGGACAACAUGCAGCGCUGCAUGCAGAACCAGAAGCUGAUUCGCAUGCAAAACGUGAAGGAGGACACCCUGGUGGCCAUCAAUGUGGACAAUAAGGUUCACCGCGGUCAGGUCCUGACUGUCAGCGAUCAAAAGGAAGAGGCCGAUGUCCGCUUGAUUGACUAUGGUCUGGUGGUGGGCACACACUUCCGGGAUAUCUAUUCCGUGGUGCCCAAGAUGGCCGAGAUCAAGGCAUUUGCUUUCCGAGUGAAAUUGCCCACUAACACUGGAGUUCAGGUCAAUAAGAACUUGACUCUUCGAUUGCUGGGAACCAAAACCCACAACGGCGUUUACCACGUCCACAUGAAGCCCAAGAUGACCAUACCGCUCAAUCUUCCCAUGGAGAUGCUGCAGCUAAACCCGGAGGUCAAGGUGAUCCGGGUCUUUGAGAAAAACGCAACAAGGAACGAGCCGCAGGUGGCUCUUCUCCAGAUCAACGUGAUGGAUCACGUAAACAAAGACUUGAAUGCCAGCCUGGCCGGAAAGCCGGGACAACCGUUCACGGGUCCCUUUCCCGAGGAGAAGUGCACCUUCUUCGUGGCCGCCCGCACAAAGGACGGCUAUCGACGCGCCUUCCUAUUGGAUCACAUUGUGAAGCCCACGCCCACGUUCUUGGUUUACGAAAUGGAUGAGGGUCGAGUUUCUGUCACCACCGAACUGAGUCGCAUUCCCAGCGAGCUACUCGGUCUGCCCAUCCGAGUGUUUGCCGCUCAGCUAAAGGACUCUGUUCCAAAAGAGCUUGAGAUUGAUGGCGCAGAUCUCACGGUCAAGUUCAAGUUGGAUAACCCACCGCCCAAGGAAAAAUUGCGCGCCGCCAACGCUGCCUUGCUGGCCAAGGGCGAGCAGAUUUGCAUGGCCCGACUGAGCACUUUUCUGGGUCAGAUUUCAGAUUUAGGGCACAAGUUCUGGCGCGAACCCAUCGACAAAAAUGACACCGUGUUCAUCACCCAUGUCGUUAGUUACAAGGAGGUGUAUAUUAGCUCUCCGAAUACCAAGCAGUAUGCUUCGAUCUUCAAGCGUCUGGAGUCGAAGUGCACUCCCAUUCAGGAGUCCAGCGAGAUAUCAGUUGGCUGCACUGUGCUGAUUGCCUCAAAGACACUUGGACACUUCCGAGGCGAGGUAUUGAGCACUGACAACGGGGUCUAUAAUGUGAAGAAUGUUGAUACAGGUGCCACCCAAAAUGUGGAAUUGACUUCGAUGCGCAAGUCCUGCCGCUUCCUGGAGAAUCUUCCUGUCUGCCUGAUGCGCGUUCAGUUAAAGACCGUUUGCAAUAUUCCGGAUGCAGCCGUGCCAGCAAACAAUGCGGCUCUCCAGAUGUUGCACAAGCUGUGCGCCCAGGAGGAAAUGCUUGAACUGGAGAUGGUAGAUGAGAGUACCUCGACUGUGGACCUGCUCUCCAGUUCCGGCGAUCAGCCCUCCUUGGUGACUCGAAUGCUGCCACUGAUGUUCACGCCAGUGCAGGAAAAAGCCAAUGCUGCUCCGCCAAAGGCACUUCUAACUCCGGCAUCAUCUCCGGUUGCUACACCAGUGAAACGCAAGAAGCCGACACCAGUUCUCCUGGAGGCUGCUAGAGAUCUGCCUCCGCUGCCGCUCUCCCCUCCGGAGUCUCCUCCUCCUGUCAGACGGGAGGACUCGGCAACCAACAAUGGGGGCAGCCAAAAGUCUUUCGAACGCUUUUUUUUCAAUGACAUGGCCAAGUAUCUGGUUCCCGUGGGCGACAAGGUCAGCAUCAUCCUCCUGAACGCAGGUGACUUGAAAGAAUCUGGUUACAUCACCGCCUGCUUCUUUAAGCACGGAAAGGAGGCCGAGGAUUUCCAAAAUCUUCUCGAUUUGGUAACGAAGCAAGGAGCGUGCGAUCACAACGUUGUGCCGGGUUAUGUGCCAAACGUUGGCGAGAUUUGCUUGGCGCUCUUCAGCGAAGACACUAACUGGUAUCGCGGAGUUUGCCAGGAAGUUGAAGACAAAAGGGCCAAGAUUUUUUACUGCGAUUUUGGCAACUUUGAGUAUGUGGAUGUGGAAAAUCUUAAGCCGAUACCCCAGGAUCUGCUUAAGGGCAUCUAUGCCACCAAGUGCUAUAUAGAUGGCUUCGACAAGUCGAAGAAUUUUGCCGCCUUGGAACAUUUCCUCGUCCACCAGAGCGGAGUCCAAUGUGAAGUUAAGGAUGGCCCAGAGCCCGAUACGCGUCUCAUCACGAUUCCCAAUCUGCAGACCAUACUGAAAACACCAAUUCCUAAUUAAACGCAAGCUUCGACUUCAAGUUACUGACAACAUGAACCGCAUUCCUUAUGUUUUAUAGUAUUAAGUGUAUACCAAAGUGUAUUUUCGAACAGGAUAUUGAUAAUCAUUCGUUUUCUUUGUAAAAGUUUCCUUUAAGACAGUUUCUUCAGGGUCCCAAAGAGACCAUUUAAUACAUUCAUAUGUCGUUCACAA